AUUUCAAGACUAUUUAAAUUACUGCUUUUCAAGCCAUCACCUAUUCUGUUCCCUCCCAUUUCCAUCCUCUUCCCUUUCCUCCCUCCCUCGUAUAUUGCUUUUUGUCGUAGAGCCCUUUCUCUCUCUGUGAUCGUCGAUUGGAAGUUCGGGAGCUUAGCUGGGAUCAUCCACAAUGGAGAAUCAGCAGAACGUAGCAGGGGAACUUGUCACUAGGUUAUUCACAUGGACAAUCGAAAAUGUCUCGAAGUUGAUAACCCGGACGCAUUACUCCGAGGUUUUCCUCGUCGGUGAUUGGAAAUGGCGGAUCCUUGUAUUUCCGAAAGGGAACAACGUAAAGCACUUGUCUUUGUAUUUGGAGGUUGUAGAUGCUUCGGAUUUACCAUCUCUGUGGACUAGGUAUGCCCAAUUCAGCUUGACAGUGGUUAAUCAGCUGAGCAGAAACAUGUCGAUAACAAAGGAGACUCAACACGAGUUCAAUGCCAGUGAGACAGACUGGGGAUUCACAUCAUUCAUGCCUCUGAAUGAGUUUUAUGAUGGAGGAAAGUUUGUUCGCAAUGAUAAAUGCAUUAUUGAGGCCAGGGUUGCAGUCCGUAAGGUAGACAUAAAGAAUUUCGAAGACCAAGGAACUGGCAGUUCUGCACCCAAAGAGCCUUCAAAGCAAGAAGAUCAGGCCCUGAAACCUUCAAGUGUGGAUUCCGUGCAAGUUCCACACUCAUCUGCACCAGUUACAACACCUACAUCUGAACAGGGACACGAAAAAGUGCUCUCCGCUCCAGAUGGUAAGCUCAUGGAUUUUAGGGGUUUAGGGAAAAUAGAGAGAGCUUUUGUUCCACUGCUAGAGGAAGUUUGUUCGUGGCAUCCCUCGUUGAUUGAGUGCCAAAAGAAGAGAAGCCGUACGUAUAUUGAAUGGGCAUUCACAGCUUUGGGUCGAGUUUUACAUUUUCUGAAGACUACGAAGGUGAAGGAUAUGACCCCAGAUACCAGUGAACGCGUUCAGCUUUUGUGGGAGGAGCUUAAGACUUUUAAAUUUGACUUGGGUUGGCUGGAGCCUUACGUGCAAUCUGCUCUGGACGUGAAGAAGCUUAUGGAAAGGGCAGGGGUAGUUAAAACUCUGAGAGAGGAUGUGGAUGCGUUGGAAAUGGGAGUGAAGAGGCUAAGGGCGAGGCUAGCAGUUGCAGAGGUAGAUCUAGAGGUAGCAAAAAGAGACUUGGCAAAGGUUGUAGAAGGCUUCGGUGAGACCGAUGUGAACAGGGAGUUAGGCUACGGGAGGCAUUGACCUUAUUUGUGAAACAUCUCGUUGAUAUUACAAAGCGAUGUGCAAUAUCUCCAACACAUUCCAAACUAAUAUGUAUUAAGCACUUGCGUUCUAGUUGUGUUAUCAAUAUUUUAUGAUAUUUCAGGAAUAUUAUAGCAAGUGGGAAUUCUCUUU